AUGUUGAGUGUAACUGGGAACCUGACAAUCAUCUCCCUCACCUUCAUAGACUCUCACCUGAAAACUGCCAUAACACCCAUGUACCUUUUCCUGCGGAACUUCUCCAUCUUAGAAAUAAUCUUCACCACUGUCUGCGUUCCUCGAUUUCUGUACAGCAUGACAACAGGAGACAAAACAGUGACCUAUAAUGCUUGUGCUAUCCAGUUAUUUUUUGUCCUCCUCAUCGGGGCAACAGAAUUUUUUCUCCUAACUGCCAUGUCCUAUGACCGCUACGUGGCCAUCUGCAAGCCUCUGCUCUACACCACCAUCAUGAGUGAAAAGGUCUACACCAUUCUGGUCCUUUGCUCUUGGCUAAUUGGGUUAAUUGUCAUACUUCCACCACUUAGCCUGGGAAUUCAGCUAGAUUUCUGUAACUCCAGUCUCAUUGACCAUUUUGGCUGUGAUGUAUCUCCUCUUCUAAAGAUAGUGUGCUCAGACACUCAAUUUAUAGAGCAACUUGUUUUAAUCAUGGCAGUGCUGACCCUCAUACUCACACUAGUCUGUGUAAGUGUGUCUUACACGUACAUCAUCAAGACUAUUUUAAGACUCCCUUCGGCUCAGCAAAGAAAAAAGGCUUUCUCUACUUGUUCUUCCCAUAUGAUUGUAGUUUCCAUCACUUAUGGGAGUUGCAUCUUUAUCUAUAUCAAACCAGCAAAGGAAGGUGUGGCCAUUAAUAAGGUGGUGUCAGUGCUAACAACUUCGGUUGCCCCCGUAAUGAAUCCUUUCAUUUAUACUCUGAGGAACAAACAAGUGGUACAAGCUUUCAAAGACAUGACCAAAAGGGUUGCAUUCAAUUUCAAAAAACUAA